AUGUCACUCCCUCUAACAUAGUGCAAAACUGUUAUCCCAACAUCAUUUGAGCUAUCUUCAAUUGUAACGGAGAGAAGUGACGUAUCAUUCACUAUUAGAAAAUGUCCGAGCCUGGAACCUCUCUAUUGGUGCCUUCUGUCCAAGAGCUUGCAAAGCAACACAUCGCUGAAGUUCCAAAGCAAUAUCUUCAUCUAAAUCAAGACCCUAUUAAUGUUGUAUCUAACACAACCUCUUCAACACAAGUCCCAAUUGUUGAUCUUAAAAAAUUGUUAUCUCAAGAUGCAACUGAGCUACAGAAGCUACACUCUGCUUGUAAAGAAUGGGGUUUCUUCCAGCUGAUUAGUCAUGGAGUCAACCUUUCAUUGGUGGAAAAUGUGAAGAAAGGUGUUCAAGAUUUUCUUAGUCUUCCGAUGGAAGAGAGGAAGAAACUUUGGCAAACCCCAGAAGACAUAGAGGGGUUCGGCCAAGCCUUUGUUGUAUCUGAGGAUCAAAAGUUAGAAUGGGCAGAUGUAUUCUUCACCACAACUCUUCCAUCACAUGCACGGAAUCCUCGCUUGUUUCCAAACAUUCCUCAACCACUCAGAGAUAAUUUAGAGACUUAUGCUUUAGAGCUUGAAAGAAUUUUCAUUACAAUCAUUAACCAUAUGGAAAAAGCUCUUGAGAUCGAAUCAAAUGAAGUGCUGAAGCUAUUUGAUGAUGUAUCUCAAAUAACGAGGUGGAAUUACUACCCUCCAUGUCCCCAACCUGAAAAUGUGAUUGGACUAAAUCCUCAUUCUGAUGUUGAUGCCUUAACCAUUCUUCUGCAAGUCAAUGAAAUAGAAGGCCUUCAAAUAAGAAAAGAUGGGAAAUGGAUUCCUAUUAAACCCCUUCCCAAUGCUUUUAUCAUCAAUGUAGGAGACAUUUUGGAGAUACUGACCAAUGGAAUUUAUCAAAGUAUUGAACAUAGAGCAACAAUUAACUCAUCAGAGAAAGCGAGGAUUUCUAUUGCCACAUUUCACAGGCCUCUUAUGAACAAAGUUAUUGGUCCAACACCAAGCCUUGUUACUCCAGAGAGGCCAGCAUUGUUUAAAAGUAUAGUUGUGGAAGAUUACUACAGAGCAUUCUUUUUACGCAAGCUGCAGGGGAAAUCACUGCUUGAUGUUAUAAGGAUUGAAAAUGGGACUGAUUAAGGCUAAAAUUGGAAAAGUUGAAUAUGUAUACUCUAGAAAUAGUUACACCACAUGUGUAAUGAUACAAUAAUGCCCCCCCAACUAUUUAAUACUGAUCUGAGGAUCAUACUGAUAAUAUGGUUGGCUUUUGCUUGCAAUAAAUUACACCAUGAAAAAUAAAGAGGGUAUAUAUAUAAUAUACUCCUUCUAAUGAAUAAAUAUCUCAUU